UUCAGAAAUGACGGGUCUCUCUCUCACUGAAAGAGAGAGAGAGAGAGAGAGCUAACUGUCCGGAAUAGACUCCGUUUUUAGUAGUACUGUCUAUAACACGUGAAAAUUGGCUAUUUUCGAUAAUAACGUACUUAUUGAACUUUUCGUGACUAAUUAAUAUGUUUGAAAGAAAAUUAAAAGCACUCGGUUACUUGGAAUGGGACAAAGUUAACGGGAACAAUAAUCAGCACUUCAGAAAAGUAAUUGUAUGGUUGGAAGAUCAGAAAAUACGUCAUUACACAAUAGAUGAUCGCAUGCAGUUAAGGGAUAUUACUUCUCCGGAAUGGCCGAAGGUGUUUGAGAAAUAUUGUAACGAAGUCAAAUGUCCCAUAACUAAAAACACAACUGAUCAGUUGGAAUGGUUUAUAGGAUAUGCUGUUUGGUUAGAGUUUGGAGAUGAUUGCCAAAAGUACAAGGGAAUCAUAGGAAGCAAGGCUAAAGUGAUUAAUAAGGGAGCCAAUGUACCUAAUGUCAAGUCCGUAAAUCCCCUAGAUAAUUUAGAUUUUGAUAGUAAUGCUUUUAAGAUCGGAGUUAGUUCGAUAGCAAAAUUAUUAAGAGUACCACAACAUUCUGACCAUCUUGUGACGUUACAAGCAUGUAGCAAACUUGUGUGUAAUAAAUUGAAUGUGGAGACAGUUAAGCAACGACCCAACACCAUGACUGCUAAGGGUAAAUCUCUGACAGCAAUGACUAUAGGGCCUGGCUUUAAUAUGGGUGACAUAAUGUUAGACAACGCUGCCAGAGGUCUUUCCUUGUUGUACAUUCAAGAUCUCAGAAACCUCCAGACAAAGAUUAAUGAGACGAUUGUCGCUGUGCAAAAUAUAACAGCUAAUCCGAAGACUGACACCAAGUUGGGAAAAGUCGGUAAAUAAACGGCUGGUCCUGUAUGGUUUAUUCUGAAAAGGCAUAUACUCGAUAUUUUCGAACGAGCAGUGUAGAUUGUACUAGGAAAUCAGGAAAAUAUUCCGGAUCGUAUAUAUAUGUCGUUAACUUAUCGGAAUUCGUUUGUAUAUUGUUAAACGGGGGAUAUCCGUCGGAAUUGUAAUGUGAGCAUUAUUAAUUUAUUUCCAUAUUCUGUUAGUACGUUAUGUCUGAAUAUAUCGAUUUUGCAAAGGAAUAUAGUGUAAAGUUUGUUUCCCAUUCUACAGAAUCGAUAUUUCUCACGUGUUAUCUAAGCACAUCACGUCUCAUCAUUGUAACAAAGAAUACUCAGCUCGUGCAAAAAUAAAUCAAAGUUAUCCUUAUGUAUUAACUUAUGUAUGUUUCAUAGAAAAAGUAGAACAUUAGAGUAAUAAAUCGCAUUAUAUCAGA